AUGGCAGGACUGGCCCAAGGCAGGAUGGCCCCCCUGAACAGACAGAGCCCCUCAUCCCUGCAGGUCCCCAAGGGAGGGCCUUGCCUCCUCCUCCUCUUCUGCCUGCCUCUGAGGGCCGCCUGUCCACAGGGCUGCCAGUGUCCUGAGCAUGCAGGAGUGGUGGCUGUGCACUGCAGUGCCACUGGCCUUCGGGAGGUCCCCAAGGACAUCCCCACUGAUGCCGUGCUUCUGAAGCUUGAUGCCAACCAGAUCACCCGCAUCCCUGACGGAGCCUUCCAGCACCUGAGCCAGCUGAAGGAACUGGACUUGUCUGGGAACGCCAUCGAGACCAUUGGUCCAGCGACCUUCGCUGGCCUGGCUGGGGGUCUGCGGCUGCUGGACCUGUCCCACAACCGCAUCCGCAGGAUCCCCAAGGACGCCCUGGGCAAGCUCAGCGCUCAAGUCCGCCUGUCCCACAACCCCCUGCACUGUGAGUGUGCCCUACAAGAGGCCUUGUGGGGGCUGCGGCUGGACCCCGACUCUGCGGAUGCUAUUGCUUGCCACACCUCCGUGCGGGAGGAGUUCGUGGGGAAGCCACUGAUCCAGGCCCUUGAUGCCGGCGUCAGCUUCUGCAGUACCCACCACAGGACCACCGAUGUGGCCAUGCUGGUCACCAUGUUUGGCUGGUUCGCCAUGGUGAUCGCCUACGUUGUAUACUACGUGCGCCAGAACCAGGAGGAUGCCAGGAGGCACCUGGAGUACCUGAAGUCCCUGCCCAGCACGCCCAUCUCCAAGGACCCCAUCAGCCCAGCGCCCUAG